UUUCCCCGAGUACCCAGUGACGAGAUUCCCUAAGGGUGUUCCUCAAGGACCAAAAAGAAUUCCAUCUUAUACAGUUGAAGAUCUAGAUAAAGAAUGGUCGAGAAAGGAGCUUCCUAGUCGACAGUGUGGAAGAUAUGCUCAAUACGACCCGGAAUCUUAUUUCGAGCAGGAGCUUUUAAAAGAAACAAAUUGGAAGAAGUUUCUGAAAGAAGAAAAAGCGGCCCGAAAAUCGUAA